CUCGGCUCGAGAGAGAUCGCAUACGCCUGCCUGCCCACCCACCUCCCCUUUUCCUUCCUCUUCGCCCCAGCGACGCGGCCGCCCGGAGACCGAGCGAGGCAGGCAACCCACCACCGAGAGGCAGGGACAGGAACAGGAAGCCGGAGGCGAAGAUGUCGUCGGUGUUCAGCGGCGAUGAGACGGCCCCCUUCUUCGGCUUCCUCGGCGCCGCCGCCGCCCUCGUCUUCUCAUGCAUGGGCGCCGCGUACGGGACCGCGAAGAGCGGCGUCGGCGUGGCGUCGAUGGGUGUGAUGCGGCCGGAGCUCGUCAUGAAGUCCAUCGUGCCCGUGGUCAUGGCUGGUGUGCUCGGUAUCUACGGGCUCAUCAUCGCCGUCAUCAUCAGCACGGGGAUCAACCCCAAGGCCAAGCCCUACUACCUCUUUGAUGGCUACGCCCACCUUUCGUCCGGGCUUGCCUGUGGUCUCGCUGGGCUUGCAGCUGGCAUGGCCAUCGGCAUUGUCGGUGAUGCUGGAGUCAGGGCAAAUGCGCAACAGCCAAAGCUUUUCGUUGGCAUGAUCCUCAUCCUCAUUUUCGCAGAAGCGCUUGCUCUCUAUGGUCUAAUUGUUGGAAUUAUCCUUUCGUCUCGCGCUGGUCAAUCCCGGGCGGAUUAAGUGCACCACCAUUCUGUGAUUACCGCACCGUUUAUUAUGCUAUUCUGAGAGGAUUGGAACUCUAUUCCCUUGUCUAGUUUAUUCUUGUUACCAUGUAUUAAUGUAACAAUCUGUAGCUGAUGGAAGGUGACUUCCAGUCAUGUUUUGGUUUUGGUGGUGUCGAGCAGAGGUUAUUUAUUUUUGGGUUAAGGUCGGAGUCGGACGGAUGCUCUUGGGCUAAGUGGAUUUAAUUUUAUCCUUGCUGAAUAAAGAACACGGAAUUGUAGCCAAAUAAGAACGUGAUAUAUAAAUAUUUCUUUCCCACUUUGCUG